AUGGACUUGCGGUCUGAGCUGCUUAAAUCCAUCUGGUAUGGUUUCACAGCCCUGGAUCUGGAGAAGAGCGGGAAAGUGUCCAAGUCUCAGCUGAAGGUAUUGUCUCACAACCUGUGCACAGUCUUGUGUAUCCCACAUGACCCCGUGGCUUUGGAGGAGCACUUCAGGGAUGACGAUGAUGGCCCAGUUUCCAGUCAGGGUUAUAUGCCUUACCUCAACAAAUACAUCCUGGAUAAGGUUGUGGAAGGUUCUUUUAUUAAGGAAAACGUAGACGAGCUCUGCUGGACUCUUACUGCAAAGAAAAACUACCAGCCAGACAGAAGCAGCAGCACCAUUUUGCCAGAGAAAGACGCUUUUCGUCUCUGGUGCCUUUUUAAUUUUCUCUCCGAGGACAAGUACCCUUUGGUUAUGGUUCCCGACGAGGUGGAGUACCUCCUCAAGAAAAUAUGUAUGGCUAUGAGUAUUGAGUUCAACUGUGUCGAGUUAGAGGACUUCUUCUCUCAAGACUCAGUGCAGCAGAGUGGAAUUACUGUUUGGAUGUUUCUAGAGAUGAUGAACUCCGGGAAGGUAACCAGAGGAAUUGAUGCGAGCAUCAUCAGCAUGGCUAUAGAGGAAGUGUACAGGGAAAUAGUUGGUGACGUCCUCAAAGAGGGUUAUCUAUGGAAAAAAGGCCAGCUGAGGAGAAACUGGAAGGAACGGUGGUUCACCUUAAAGCCGAGCAACCUGUCCUACUACACUGGAGAGGACCGCAAGGACUGCCAAGGCAAUAUAGCCCUGGAUGAGAACUGCUGCGUGGAGGUGCUGCCAGACCGAGAUGGGAAGAGAUGCAUGUUUUGUCUUAAAACCCUCUCCAAGACGUAUGAAAUGAGUGCGUCAGACACCAAACAGAGACAGGAGUGGACUACAGCCAUUCAAACGGCAAUCAGGCUGCAUGUGGAGGGGAAGAAAUCCCUCCACAAAGAUCUGAAGCUUAAGCGACGUGAACAGCGUGAGCUUCGGGAAAAAAGGCGACAGGCUAAGGAGGAGGAGCUGCAGAGGCUGCGGGCCUUGCAGGAGGAACGGGAGCGCAAGCUGGCGGAGCUGGAGCUCCUGAAGGAGGCGCAGAAGCAGGCUCAGGCCCUCCUGGAGCAGGAUGAGCAGAGGAGGCGCCAGCAACACGAACAGCUUCAGCGUGCCCUGGAGAUUCAGCUCCGUGAGGCUGAGGAGGCCCGAGUCAGUAUGCAGGCAGAGAUGGCUCUGAAAGAGGAGGAAGCAGAGAGGCAAAGGAAGAGGAUCCAGGAGCUGGAGGAGAUGCAGAAACGUUUGGAGGAGGCGCUGCAGCAAGAGAUUAAAGCCAGGCUGGAUGAGGAGGCCUUCCGCUAUGCUCAAGCAGGGUUGUUGGCUGAGGAGGAGGAGAAAAUGAAGGCCCUGAUGAACCUGCAGGAGGAACAGGAGGAGUACAUCGCGAAGACACAGAGGGAGAAGCAGGAGCUGAAGCAGGAAAUGGAGGCCAAAUCCCGAGCCCUGGAGGAGGCGCAGAGACAGCUGGAGGAGGUUCGAGCCAACCGGCACAGAGUUGACCAGGACGUUGUGGCCGCCCAGAGGAAACUUCGGCAGGCGAGCACCAACGUCAAACACUGGAAUGUCCAGAUGAACAGACUGAUGCGGCCGAUCGGACCAGGCGAGAAGAGACCAUCGCUGGGAAGCUCCUUCUCGAGCUUCCAGAUCCCGACGCAGCGAGACCCCGGGCUGCGUCUCAGAAGGAGUUCGGGAUCGGGGGAUCGGGAGGAGAGCAAAGAAAAUGUUGACAACAGAGCUGGAUGUGAUUUAGAGAAACGUCACUCUCAUGCAUCUAAUGGCGACAUGGAUAUCCCCUAAAAUGAUGAGUCAUAGAGGCUGCCUCGUCACAGGAAGGGCAAGAGAUGGUUGUCGUGUUUGUGAACAAUAUGAAAGCAGCGGGGAUAUAGCUGAAUUUACCGUACUACCACGUCUACUAAAUGCUGAAAUAUUACUGACCUCGCAUCACAGACAGCAACAGUUUAAAAACAUUUUAACGAGAGUGCGUUUUCCAGUAUCUCCCCCUCUCAAAUAAUCCUUUUCUGCCGCCUGCGUGAGGCCUGACGUGAACGUAACUGAUACCUCAGCGGAAAGAAAAUGAGCGGUAAGAAAGAUCCUGAAAGUACAAGGUUAGCUCUGGUGUUCAAAGAGAAAAGCCUACACGCACACAGGAAGCUCGUUUUUCUGCAGCUCUGUAACUUAGACGGAUACCAAUGUUUCAUUUCUAUUGGUACAGUUUUCGAGGUUGUGGGAGGUGGCUUAGGUUUUUUUGAUCUAGAAACUUGGUUCAGUAUUAAAGUUUACCACAAUUUCACUCCUGAUAAACAGGAAAGAGAAAAAAGAGGCGUGAAAGAAAAAAAAAACUGUCAUGAACUUCCUGUUUUUAAUGUCAUUUAACAUUACUGUAAAUAAAGAGAGUGAAGUUUGAAGCCG